CCAGCGGAGGCGGCCCAAGCCGGGGGCGUGUCCGGGGCGUGUCGGGGCCCCGCCCCCCCCCCCCGGUCGCGGAGCAGUGCCCAGCGCAGGGAGGGCCCGGCCCAGGGAUGCCACACACAACUCAGCUGUACCAGCAUGUACCGGAGACACGCUGGCCCAUCGUGUAUUCACCACGCUACAACAUAACCUUCAUGGGCCUGGAGAAACUGCACCCCUUUGAUGCGGGAAAAUGGGGCAAGGUGAUCAGCUUCCUGAAAGAAGAAAAGCUGUUGUCAGAUGGCAUGCUGGUGGAAGCGCGGGAGGCUUCGGAAGAGGACCUGCUGGUGGUGCACACAAGACGCUAUCUCAACGAGCUGAAGUGGUCCUUUGCUGUUGCAACCAUCACAGAGAUCCCCCCAGUCAUCUUCCUUCCCAACUUCCUUGUGCAGAGGAAGGUGCUGAAGCCCCUUCGGACCCAGACUGGAGGAACCAUCAUGGCAGGAAAGCUGGCCAUGGAGCGAGGCUGGGCCAUCAAUGUGGGUGGAGGCUUUCACCAUUGCUCCAGCGACCGGGGCGGGGGCUUCUGUGCCUAUGCGGACAUCACACUGGCCAUCAAGUUUCUGUUUGAGCGAGUGGAGGGCAUCACCAGAGCCACCAUCGUUGAUCUCGAUGCUCAUCAGGGCAAUGGGCAUGAACGGGACUUCAUGGGUGACAAACGUGUGUACAUCAUGGACGUCUACAACCGCCACAUCUACCCCGGGGACCGCUUUGCCAAGCAGGCCAUCAGGCGGAAGGUGGAGCUGGAGUGGGGCACGGAGGAUGACGAGUACCUGGACAAGGUGGAGAGGAACCUGCAGAAAGCCCUCCAGGAGCACCCACCCGAUGUGGUCGUGUACAACGCAGGCACCGACAUCCUUGAGGGCGACCGCCUUGGGGGGCUGUCCAUCAGCCCCCAGGGCAUCGUGAAGCGGGACGAACUGGUGUUUCGGGUGGUCCGUGGCCGCCAGGUGCCCAUCCUCAUGGUGACCUCGGGCGGAUACCAGAAGCGCACGGCCCGCAUCAUUGCCGACUCCAUCCUUAAUCUGUACAGCCUGGGGCUCAUUGGGUCCGAGUCCCCCAGCGUCUCAGCACAGAACUCAGACACGCCUCUGCUGCCGCCAGAGGUGCCCUGACCACGCCACCCUUCUGCUCCUCUGCGCUGUCCCCUGCCUGCCUCGGCCCCGCCCGCCCCUCAGCGCUUCUCCUCUUCUAACCAUGGGGCGGUGGGGGCAGCCAGGAGGCGCCGAGGGGCAGGAGCCUGUCCCCGAUGGGGCUGGCCUUAGGGGCAGCUCCUCCGUCCUCCCCGCUGGGUGUCAGAGGGGCUCCAGGCCCCUCUGCGGAUGGGGCUGGAAGGCAGGGCCCAGAGGACCUUAUGUGGGGCCCCGGGGCUGACCGGGCCCUGCAGAGGUGGGCAGCUUCCCGGGAAGGGAAAACAAGGGUGAGGCCUUGGGGGCGUUAGGCAUGUGACUUGCUCUACCCUUUCAGGCUCGCCUCUGGCAGGGCAUGGGGGUCUGUGGGCGCCCGUGACCGUGUGGGUGGGCCUGAAAGCUGGGUGCUUCAUGGAGGCCUCUGCAGGGGAGCCCUGGAUUCCCAGGCAGCAGGCAGGAGCCCUGGUCCUGGGCGUGCUGGAUGUGAGGGAGGCGGGGACGGAGGUGCCAGUGGGUUUUCCCCUCGGGUGUUCCCCUUCAAUAAAGCAAGGGCUGCACCUGCUUUCCCAGGGCUCCUUGGUGCUGAUAAGGAGAGGGAAGGCCUGAGGAGCUCCAGAUCCGUGCUUUAGUUGUGGUCCUGCCUGUCAGGGGUGGGCCUUAGCCCUGGAGGCUUGAGGGGACUGCCAAACCCGGUGGGGAGGGGGCAGAGAAGGGUGAGGGCCAGAAGGGGACACUGGAGGUGGGGACAGGUGGCCAAGCCAGGUCCUACAGGACCCGAGGCCCCAAGUGGGGAUGGAGGUGCCGGCGGCCAUACUGGAGUUGUCGGACGGAGGGCUGAUGUCUGGAUCCUGGCCCCUGGGUUGUACAGCAGGACCUGGGGUGGGGCCCUGGGUGGGGCUAUAGCCUCCUCUGGCCUCACCCAGAGUGCCCAGGCCCUGACUGUGCUUGGAGUCCAAAGUCCCAAGUGGGCCCUGGCUUCUGGUCUUUGAAAAUCCCCAGCCCCUGACUUUGUUCUCAGCUCUAAUCUGAAGGGGACACUCAGGGCCUCCCGGAAAGCUGGGUGGGGGGAGCGUCCACCCUUCAUGACCUGAGUGUCUUCUUAGACAGUGAUUGCAGGUGUGUUUGGGGGUGGGUGGGGAGGAAAAGUGGGCCAGCGGAGGCACCCCGUCCCCGACCAACCCCACCUGGGGGCCUUUUGUUCAUUACCAUCUGGGGGUGCUCCUGCAUUCCCCCACGGUCUCCCUCUCCCUCCGUUGGUGCUCCCUCUGCUGGGGAACGGAAGGGUUUCAGAAUCAUGAACUGUCAAAAAGGCUGACCUCCUGGACUAGACCUCGAGGCACUAACCAUGCACUUGGACCCCCUCACCCGCGCCCCCGCCCUUGCCGUUGGUUUCUCUGCGUCUGACUCAAGGUACUUAACACCCCGUCAUUUCUGCCUGGGGCCUGCAACAUGGGGGGCAGGCAGUGGGCCCGCUUUAUCACCGUUGAGCUUGUCUGUAGAGAACCAUAAAGGCUCUUUCUGGUA